UUAUCGAUGCAAGAUGAAUACCUGUGUCCUGUGGUUAAUGAAACGUGGAAAAGUCACCAGGAAUCUAUACUAGAAAACUUCAAAGACAACCCUUUACACCUACUGGGAGAUGGGCGAUGUGACAGCCCUGGAUAUUCCGCUAAAUAUUGUACAUAUACUCUAGUGGGGCAAGAUACAGGGCUUAUUGUUGAUUUUCAGUUGGUGCAGGUCAGCGAAGUUUCCAAUUCUGUUGGGAUGGAAAAAGAGGGGUUUCUACGAUCAGUCAAUGAGCUAGUAACUAAAGGCUUAACUGUGGCUCAAAUUGCUACUGAUAGACACCUGCAGAUAACAUCUGUCAUGAAAAAGCAGUUCCCUGAUAUAGAUCAUCAGUAUGAUGUUUGGCACGUUUCAAAAAGUGUUAUCAAAAAGUUAACCCAACUGGGUAAAGCAAAGGGCUGUAGUAACCUUCUUCCACGGAUAAGAUCUGUGGCAAAUCACUUGUGGUGGUCAUCAAAAUCAUGUAAUGGACAAGCUGAAAAUCUAAGAGAGAAAUGGAUUUCUAUUAUUUACCAUACCAUCAAUGUCCAUUCAUGGGAGAAUGCUGCAUCUUUUGGCAAGUGUGAACACAACGAAUUGUCACUUGAAGAGAGCCAACGAAAGCAGUGGUUAAAGAAAUGUUCUCCUGCACAUGAUGCACUGAAGUCGGUAGUCCUAAACAAGAAGCUUUUGAAAGACCUUGACAAGCUAACGGACUUCAGCUACACUGGUAAUUUGGAAGUUUACCAUGCUCUUCUCACUAAAUAUUGUUCUAAGAGGCAACGUUUCAGCUACAAGGGGAUGCUUGCAAGAACACAGCUGGCUGCACUUGAUCGUAACCACAACACAGGAAGAAGGCAAGCUACCACUAGCAGUGCAGAAGUGAGAUACAAGGUGGUUUUUCCCAAACCUACCAAGAUCUGGUUUGCAAAGCCCAUCACUGAAUCAAAGAGCUAUGGCUAUCUGCAGGGAAUCCUUAAAGCAGUUCUAAAUAAACGGCAGCUGAAUCCACAACCUCUUCGAAAACACAAAGCCAGACAACCUCCAGUGAUUUUACCAGCCAACAUUGCCACCUGUGAAAGACCACUCAAGGAAACUGUUGUUAGUGCUCGUAAAACAAGAUUUACAUAGAACAUACAACUAUGACAUAU